CCUGCAUCCUCAUGGAUGCUAGUCAGCCUCAUUUCCACUGACAGCCCUUUUGACUCUGUUCAUUUAGAGGUUUAACAGCUCGUUAAAGUAUCUUGGUCCUGGAGCCUUCAUCCGUGCUGGAGUCUGUGUUUCCUGUUUGUUUGGUCAGCUAGAAUUGUGUCUGGAGCCUGGGUGGGAUCUUGAUGAUACGGCUGAUUUCAGGUCCUCCGUUUUGAACUUUCUCUCCAUAUUACAGAUACCACUGCGGGGCCAGGAAAUCUGUAUGCUCUUCAAGCUUCAAGUGAGAGAAUUCCAGGGAAUCUGGAUAUUCUUUACCACGUCCCCACUCCUCCUCCAGGAAGCCUUCCCUGACUGAGCUUCAGAUGGCUUGCACCGCUGUCUCCUGCCGCUCUCCGCGUCUGCCGGCAUCAAGGAAUCUGGGCGCCUAUGACCCUCCUCCAUACUCUGGACGGUUCCGGCUUGGACCGAAAGCCUGGGCCUCGGCGGAGGGCGGAAGUGCGGCCCGGGGAGGGGCCGGCAGGCAGAGAAAGGUGGCCAGCGGCCAGCCCCGCCCCUACCUGUGUAAGCCGAUCCGCCCCGCGCCUAGCGGAUAAAAGUGGCCAGUCUCCCAGAGGUCAGCGAGUUCCGCCCUCUGUCGCCUGCCGCUCAGUCCAGCCCGCACAGCCAGCAUGUCCGUCCACUUCAGCUCCCAGGUCUUCAGCUCGCGCUCGGCCGCCUUCCCGGGGCGCGGCACCCAGGGGCGCCUGAGCUCAGCGCGCCUCGGUGGCUUGGGCAGCAGCAGCAGCAGCCUCUACGGCCUGAGCGCCUCGCGGCCGCGCGUGGCCGUGCGCUCAUCCUACGGGGCCCCCGUGGGCGCGGGCAUCCGCGAGGUCACCAUCAAUCAGAACCUGCUGACCCCGCUGCAGGUGGACAUCGACCCCUCCAUCCAGCAGGUGCGCCAGGAGGAGCGGGAGCAGAUCAAGACCCUCAACAACAAGUUCGCCUCGUUCAUCGACAAGGUGCGGUUCCUGGAGCAGCAGAACAAGCUGCUGGAGACCAAGUGGGCGCUGCUGCAGGAGCAGAAGUCGACCAAGAGCAGCCGCCUUCCUGGCAUCUUUGAGGCCCAGAUUGCUGGCCUGCGGAAGCAGCUUGAAGCACUGCAGCUGGAUGGGGGCCGCCUGGAGGCGGAGCUUCGGAGCAUGCAGGACAUCGUGGAAGACUUCAAGAAUAAGUAUGAAGAUGAAAUUAACCAUCGCACGGCUGCUGAGAAUGAGUUCGUGGUGCUGAAGAAGGAUGUGGAUAUCGCCUACAUGAACAAGGUGGAGUUGGAGGCCAAGGUGGACGCCCUGAAUGAUGAGAUCAGCUUCCUCAGGACCCUCUAUGAGGAGGAGUUGAAAGAGCUGCAGUCCAAGGUCUCGGACACGUCCGUGGUCCUCUCCAUGGACAACAGCCGCUCCCUGGACCUGGACGGCAUCAUCGCCGAGGUCAAGGCCCAGUACGAGGAGAUCGCCAACCGCAGCCGGGCCGAGGCCGAGGCCUGGUACCAGACCAAGUUUGAGACCCUCCAGGCCCAGGCUGGAAAGCACGGGGACGACCUCCGGAAUACCCGGAAUGAGAUUGCGGAGAUGAACCGAGCCGUCCAGAGGCUGCAGGCGGAGAUCGACAACAUUAAGAACCAGCGUGCUAAGUUGGAGGCCGCCAUCGCCGAAGCUGAGGACCGUGGGGAGCUGGCCCUCAAGGAUGCGCGCGCCAAGCAGGAGGAGCUGGAGGCCGCCCUGCAGCGGGCCAAGCAGGACAUGGCGCGCCAGCUGCGCGAGUACCAGGAGCUCAUGAACGUCAAGCUGGCCCUGGACAUCGAGAUCGCCACCUACCGCAAGCUGCUGGAGGGCGAGGAGAGCCGGUCUCUGCUCUCCUCUGCCCACAGGCUGACUGGAGAUGGAGUGGGAGCCGUGAACAUCUCUGUGGUGAACUCCACGGGUGGCACUGGCAGCCGGCUGAGCUUCGGGGGAACCAUGGGCAGCAACGCCCUGAGAUUCUCCAGCGGCGGAGGGCCUGGGACCCUCAAGAGCUAUUCCUUUAGGACCACAUCUGCCACUGGCCGGAACACCCACAACUGAGCCCUGGGUGUGGGGAGACCUGUACCACCUGCCCCCGUUGUCACAAGAGCACUCCCAUCCCUGGUCCCAAGACUGCGAAGCAGUCUGAAAAGUGAUGUCAGAACAGCUUUCAAUAAAGCAGUCCCUUUCUGAGGCCUGGGUGGGCCCCAUGCCCAGCA